AUGGCCGUACCGGCUGCUUUCAUGCCUUCGAUCUCCACUCCUUCCGCGACCACGUCCCCGCCGUCAACAACUUCGUCCCCGUCUCCCUCCGUGGGCCCCUCCGGCCAGAACCUGUUCCGCUCUGAGCUCCUCGCCACCAGUAGCCCCGGCAUCCCGACCCCGACCGGGACUCUGCCCAGCAAGCCAGUCUACUCGACCCCGUCGCCUGUUGAAAACACCCCGCAGAACAACGAGUGUAAAAUGGUAGAUCUGCGGGGGGCGAAGGUGGCGUCUUUCACCGUGGACGGCUGCGAACUCAUCUGCCUGCCCCAGGCGUUUGAUUUGUUUCUGAAGCACCUGGUCGGAGGACUGCACACGGUGUACACCAAGCUGAAGAGACUGGAGAUCACGCCGGUGGUGUGCAAUGUGGAGCAGGUCCGCAUCCUGCGAGGGCUAGGGGCCAUCCAGCCAGGAGUCAAUCGCUGCAAACUCAUUUCCAGAAAAGACUUCGAGACUUUGUACAAUGACUGCACCAACGCCAGGUGA